CUCCCCGGUACCAAAGAUUUUGGGGUGAGGGUGGUCUGCCUGGUGUUAUGCUCGCUGUUGGUGGGUUGAACUAUGCAGCUUUGCGAUAUGGACCACCAAAAACUGCAAGUGUCAUGUUCCUCAACCAAGUCCAACACUCCAUAAUACACAGGCACCCAAGAACACUCACGCAAUAUGUUGCCCCAAACAUUUCUCUUGGUGGUUGCCGCUGCAAGAGUUGCAAGCACACUGGCCAUUCAGUCUAGCCAGCUCUCCGACCUCCAGCCCACCCCCUGCACCCCAUCAACCUGCGGUCAUAACGGGUCCGUUGUUUGCUACAACGACGAGCAAUACUGCCAUGCCGAGGCAGACAAGCCCAAUUACGUUGGGGAAAGCUUGGGUCUACCCUGCCGCAACGACACAGUUUCGCCCAAGUAUCCCAUAACAAAGGCCUGUGAGGAAAGCAAGCUCGCGCCUUAUGACAAGGACAAGAUACCCUCAGAGUGCCUGAACACAUUGUGUGCCGCCAUGGAUGGAAAGGCGAAGGGGCUCUGGUGUCUGUAUUUCCCCAAAGGCUGGACUGGGUUGCAGUACAAGAAGCUAGGGAUGGAGUGUGACCCGUCAGAAGGGCGAUGAGGAGCAAUGAUGGGGCUUUUCUUUUGCCAGGAAUGCCGUCAAAACGGUGACUAGGCAGUUCCAAGGUGCUGUUGAUAUUUGUUUCGUAGACAGCCCUCAGCCAAAAAAACAGAUGAGGUAGAGCUGUCUUUCAUCGGCCUUGUUAAAAUAUACCAGCCAUGAGUUAUCAAGCUCGUUAAAGCACCAUAACAAAACAGGGACUAUGCAAUGCGAUAGCCUAGUUUGGUCUUGCCGUUGUAUGACGCUUCAAUCAUACACACUUGGCGUGGAUCUGUUGCAUC